CUUCUGGGCUCUGCUGUGGGCUGAAUGCUUGGCUGAUGCUGAAAAGGAUCCUCUCUAAAGCAGAGUCUGUGACGAGCCGACAUGGUACGUCUGACCCUAGAUGUGAUUGGUAAAUCUAAAAACCACUUCAAAAAGAAAAGGGGCCUCUCCUUCCCAGAGUACCUUAAGACCCUCACCCACCUCCACCUUUCUGGAAAGAAUAUUGAAGACAUUGGUGAUAUCUCCAUGUGCAGAAACCUCACUGUCCUCUACCUUUACGAUAAUCAGAUCACACACAUUUGCAACCUUGACUUUGCCUCCAACCUCACCCAUCUGUACAUGCAGAACAACAACAUCACUAAAAUAGAUAAUCUCUUCACUCUGCAGAAGCUCUCCAAACUGUAUCUGAGUGGAAACAGGAUCACAGUGGUGGAGGGCUUAGAGAAGCUCUGUGAGCUCAGGGAGCUUCACCUUGAGAAUCAAAGGCUGGCACCAGGGGAAAAGUUGUUCCUUGACCCCAGGACUCUCCUCUCUCUGGCUGAAUCUCUUCAUGUCCUGAACAUCAACAACAACAACAUCGAUGACAUCAAAGGCCUGACAGUGCUGAAGGAGCUCAAGCAUUUUUCUGCUGCUGACAAUAAAUUCCACAGAAUGGAGGAAUUAGAGGAAGUAUUCAACCAUUGGCAUCAGCUGACUCGGAUGGAUUUGAGUGGAAAUCCUGUGUGUAAAAAAGCAAAGUACAGAGACUGCCUGAUAACUGUGUGCACAAGCCUGGAGGUUCUUAAUGGGCGGGAAAUUAAUGAGUUAACCAGACAGUUCCUUAUUAACUGGAAAGCAUCCAAAGAGGCAAAGAAGAUCAAAAACGACCAACAUAUGACAACUGGACAGUUGAUCUCUUAUCCCUUAACAAGUGACUUUAAUGUCGGCCUGGGUCCACAUCCUGCUCACAUCCACAGCCACGCUAAUGUGCAGAGGUGGAAGCCCCAGCAGUCUCUCAGGUCUGCUGUCAUCGUUCACACAGAUCUCAGUUAAAAGUCACUACACUGUAACUACUUAAUGAUUUUAUUGUUACAACCAGCUGUCCCCAAGAUCAAGUAACAAUAUUUAAGAUUAGUUGUAUUUGAUUUGUCUGCCUGUUAUUUCAAUGUCUGUCAUUUUUCCUUCUUGCAAUAACUUCCUUUUUUUUUUUUUUUUGAUUAGCACUGCUGCCGAUGUCAUUGAACAUUUGUCAUGUAGCCUAAUUGUACAGUAGGAGACACCUUUCAUGAUAGGUGAACUGUUUUAUCAUGACUUUCUUUUUCUCUGAAAUCAUAGGGCAUAGAAAUGAAAUGCUCCUAUGUGGACUUCUCGUCAUGUGGCUGUCUCAUCCUCACCUCACCCAUCACCUGCAUUCAUCUGGAUACUUAAAACAAAUCUCUUAUCGCCUCCACAGAAAUUAGCCUGAGCACAGAAGUAACCCUGCUACUGCCAACGUCACAAAAGCUGUGGAUCACUUAUUCUCUGCUGUAUUUCAAAGGACAUAAAACAAUCAGUUUACUUUGCUGCAGGCACUUAAGGGUGGAUUACAGUGGUUUAAAUGUUGACUUUUUUCACAGACUAUUUCUUUUUUUAAUUAUUUUACAAUUUAAUCCCAGUUGUAACUCAAUCUAAAUUCCUUUAAGUAAUCAAAUACACUGUAAUGUACUGUUGUACAGAAGGGAAUUUCAAAACUUAAAAAAAUAUGAAAUCGUUUUUGAACAUUUCCUCCCCUCACUUUCUCAGCUCAUUUAUUUCGAGCUACAUGUUCGAGGUCUGAGAACUCAAAUAAACUAUCCCACUCAA